CCCCAGUAGGAGAAGGCGGAAUCUGAGAGAGUUCUCUCCCCGCAGCUGAUGCACUGCUGGACUCGAAGAUGGAGAGCGACACCACGGUCCGGAGACUGAAGCCCUACGGGACGAGGAGCUACGCGACGCCCGACGACGGCGCCGGCUCCCCCGGGCACCGGUGCGGGGACAACGGCUACAGCUCGGAGGAGCCGAAGAGGAAGCCCGACGUGAGCCUGUACCUGCUGCGGGAAGGAGUCGCCACUUCCCUGGUGUGUGUGUUCGUGCUGGCGCUGUGGGGACUGGUGCAUCUGUCGCUCCGGCAGCUCGUCAUCGGGAAGCCGAGCGGGGACUUCAACGCGGUGAGAGCCAGAGUGCACCUGGAGCAGAUCACCAGCGUCGGCCCGCGGCCGGUGGGCAGCCACGAGAACGAAGUCCUGACCGUGGGCUACUUGCUGGAGCAGAUCGAGAAGAUCCGGUUGGAGACGGCAGCCGGCCCCAACCAGCUGACCACAGACGUGCAGCGUCCCACCGGCACCUUCUCCAUCGACUUCCUCGGGGGCUUCACCAGCUUCUACGACCGCGUCACCAACAUCGCCGUGAGGCUAGAGCCCAAGGGAGGAGCCAAACAUCUCAUGCUGGCCAACUGCCACUUUGACACAGUGGCCAACAGUCCAGGUGCCAGCGACGAUGCAGUGAGCUGUGCGGUGAUGCUGGAAGUCCUCCAUUCUCUGGCCAACCAGUCCUCCCCUAUUCACCAUGGUGUGGUCUUCCUCUUUAACGGGGCAGAGGAAAAUAUCCUGCAGGCCAGUCACGGUUUCAUUACCCAGCAUCCUUGGGCCAAGCAGGUGCGAGCCUUUAUUAACUUGGAGGCUGCAGGUGUUGGGGGCAAGGAGGUUGUUUUCCAGACAGGUCCAGAGAACCCGUGGCUGGUUGAGGCCUACGUCCAAGCAGCCAAACACCCUUUUGCCUCCGUGGUCGGUCAGGAGGUGUUUCAGAGUGGGAUCAUCCCGUCUGACACCGACUUCCGCAUCUACAGGGACUUUGGCAACAUCCCAGGCAUUGAUCUGGCUUUCAUUGAAAACGGUUUCAUCUACCACACCAAGUAUGACACCGCCGACAGGAUCCUGACAGACUCGAUACAGAGAGCAGGCGACAACAUCCUGGCGGUGCUGAAGUACCUGUUGACGUCAGAGAGGUUGGCGGAUUCCUCGGAGUAUCGUCAUGGCAACAUGGUAUUUUUCGACCUGCUAGGGUUUGUGGCGGUGGCGUACCCCGCUCGUGUCGGCACCAUCCUCAACUACAUGGUCGCCACGGCCACCUUCCUUUAUCUGGCCAAGAAAGCGUCACUGCCUGGCAAUGGGGGUGGCCGUUAUGUUCGGGAUCUGGCCUACGCCACAGGGAUCACAGUGCUGUGCUGGGUCGUCACCCUGCUGCUGGUGCUGAUCGUAGCCCUGCUCGUCACUCUGAUGGGUCGCUCCAUGUUCUGGUACACCCAUUUCUACGCCUCCAUCUGCCUGUACGGGACGGCAGCCGCCGGGAAAAUGAUCCUCAUCCACACGCUCGCCAAGAACCUUCACUACGGGGGCGUCCGAUUAGUGGAGCUGGGUGAUCUGUAUUUUGAUGUGAGUUUACUUCUGUGGUGCUGCAGCCUGGUGUGCUUGACCCAGCAGGGCCUGUGUUCGGCCUACGUCCCCAUGCUGAUGGUGGCCUUCCCCCUGGUCACCAAACUGCUGCUGGCCAGGGAAUUUAAACACAGAGGAGCGUCCCUGAAGUACAGCGUCCUCUACCUGCUGGGCCUGGCAUUGCCUUAUGUCCACUUCAUGUUCCUCAUCUGGGUGGUGUUUGAGAUUUUCACCCCCAUCAUGGGUCGCAGCGGUACGGAAAUCCCCCCCGAGGUGGUGCUGGCCACCCUGGUCACCCUCGCAACCAUCUUUCUCUCCUCCUUCUUUCUCCAUUUCGUCUAUUUGGUACGGAGCACCAAGUGGAUCCUGUCUGCUCUGGGCUCAGUCUUCAUCAUCUUGUUCCUGUUGGUGUCCUGCGGCGUCUUCUUUCCUUUUUCAGGCAGUCCAGAAAGUCCCCGGCCCAAACGAGUCUUCCUGCAGCACACCACAAGGACCUUCCACAACCUGGAGGGCCAGGUGGAGAGCCGGGACUCGGGGCUGUGGAUCAACAGUUUUGACUUCACUGGCAUCCAGCACAUCACCCCCCACAUCCCAGAGAUCAACGACAGCGUCCGGACGCACUGUCGAGAGGACCGGCCCUUCUGUGGUUACCCCUGGUUCCUGCCUGUCAAGUUUCUCAGCAAGAAGAACUGGUACCUUCCUGCCCCAGAAGUGUCUCCCAGUUCCCCAGUGGAGUUCAGCCUUGUGUCCAAAGAGGAGACGCGCUGGGGGACGGUCAAGAUGACCUUCAAUGUCAAAGGCCCCAGCCACAUGUCCCUGUAUCUGAUGCCUCACCGGGGAGCGAGCCUCUCCACCUGGUCCUUCGGAGACGGGACGCCACAGUUCGACCUGAGCGGAGAAUAUUUCAUCUUCUAUUCUCACGGCCUCGACGCCCCAACAUGGACCUUCUGGUUUGAAAUACAGCCUCCCAGAGACCCGGACCCGUCGGGCCCCGAGGGGAUGAUCUCCGUCGCCAUCUCCACCCAUUACUUCUUCGGGGACGACCAGCGGACUGCUCAGCUGGAGGAAAUGCUCCUCAAGUUCCCCACGUGGGCUUUCCCCUCGUUCUGGGUCAGCACCUACGACAUGUACCGAUACUGAGGAGCUGCUCAUCCACGGUGGAGGCCGACGCUCCGGAGGGCCGGGGGGCCGCCAGCCGGGCUCCAGAGGCGGAGAGAAGCCGAUAUCCAAGCAACAAUACUGAGGACAGGCCCUGCUGCCUUUUUUUCCCACUGGGACACAAACACACACACACACACACACACACCCUCCCUACCGGCCUGCCUGAGAGACCCCUCACCACUGUGUCACUAGGCGUCAGCCGAGCAGGAGGACGCGCUGCGACACGCCGGAGCGAAGCCGAGCUGAACGCUCACACACGGAGCGACCGACCACCACAAGCCUUGAGCUCGCUCCUGCAUCAGGGAAACGACAGGGUUACGAGUUUCUUAUUCUUCCUCCCUUUUUUUUGUUGUUUUUACUCAAUCUGUCGUGCCUUUGCUUUGCUCGCCCACGCCAUCUCCACGCCCCCUCCCCCUUUCCUCCACCUCUCUCACGCCAAACACACGUCCUGAAUGAAUGAAGUCGCACGGCUACCUCCGCUGCUCAUUUAUCAGCAGACUCCUCGGGCCUUCCUCAGAGCAGGAAGUGUUUUCAGCCUUCCUCCGGAACAAGUGACACCACUACCACUGUCUGCACUGUAGCUCCAGUCACAUACUGAAAAAAUAAAGACCUGGUUUUUAUUUCACACCUCAUCCUGACUCGAACUGGAAACUUGGACACUUUGAACGUCACUGCUCAUCAACACGCACUCGUUGAACUACACGUUUAACUGGUUUUUCUAUCAGCUUAGUAAACUGUGAAAUUACUACUCCUCAGUAAAGACCACUAACCUGCAGUGGACGCACAACACGCUGCCUGCCGGGCUCAAAUCAAAAUGUCAAGGUUUGUCAGCGUCAGUUUUGUUUGUAUGACAUCAGAACUCGGAUUUAAGUUAACGUCCCGUGUUUCAAAACAACUACUUGAACCUUGAUGGUGAAUCUGUGUGAAAACCAGCAAUGCAGCUCCACGUCCACAAAGUGCGUCAGCGUCGGUUUUUGCUGUUUUGCUGUAACUGUCAUAAAGUUCUCUCUGUGCUCCGACUCGUCUCCAGCAGCUCCGGGUAACAUCGGUCUGGAUAAUUGAUUUAAAUUUGAGUUGUUGCUGAAAUGUAUCUUGAGAAUGUAAAACUAUGCGUCUGUGCUUCUGGAGACUUCACAGUGUCAGUAUCCACUCGUUAUAACUGUCUGUUCCUAAUCUUUCUUCUCAUGUCAAGUGGAAAUGCAUCUUCACUCUCAGUAACUCAAGUGUCACAGCGACGUUCUGGUUCCGUGUGAUGUGUUUAACACGUGAUUCCACUUCACAAAGUAGAAACCACAGAACACAAUGAUCAAAAGUGUCUGACACCCAGUUAGCCGUUUUUAAUGGUUUUCUAAGGACUUGCUUGAAUGUUGUUGUUAGAGUUGUUUAGAUAACGUUUGCCUGAGGUUGACUACUGCUAGAGACAGAUUAUAGAUUAUGGGCCGGCUGCUUCUAUUUAGUGCAAACUGGAGAUUAAUAGAUUUGUCUGAAGUAGAAUCAGGAUGACUCUCCUCCCGACCUUCAUUCCAACACAUUGGUCAAAUCUGUUCAGCCUCAGCGACAGAACUGCUCGUUGUGAUUCUAAUCUGGUCGUAAACAACCUGGGAGAUUAUUUGCACUUGUGUGAGAUCAGAAAAGUGUUUACUGUCGUGGAAACGAGCUUCUCCGUGGUUUUAUGAGCUUCCAAGUGCCGAACUGUACAGCCUUUUCAAUGUAAGAUGAAUUCUCGUCUGCUGGAAAGUUUAAAAUCUGAUCCCUCCACAACAGUUUGUAAGCUGAUUGUCCAGCGACACUCUUUUUCUCUUUAUGCACUGUGUGAAAAACUGAAGCAAACAGCUGAUGAGGAGAUUUAAAAACAUCAAGUCGACCAAAACGAGAGACGGACGGCUCAGUUCUUUUUUUAGACGCGAGAGUUUAAAUACGACCUUUUAGCUUCCGUCCGUCUGAUUUAAACUCUCGCAGGGAGGAGUCUGAAAUUUGAUUUUACAGAAAUGUCUCCACAGCUUCGGCUUACCCCCCCCCACUGCUCUUUGUGUAUGUGUGUGUGUGUGUGGAUCAGAGACUGACUUUAAUUGACAGGCGAUGGAUCUAUGAUGCUGUAUAGAAACUCUUCCAGUUGACAUGGAGAGUGUCUACGGGAGAAAAAAAGCUUUAUUAACAAAUGUAAAUUAAUAUUUUUGUAAAAAAAAAAAUCCGUUCUCUGUCGAGUUUUGUUCAGAAGCUGAAAAGUCUUCAACCGGAGAAAGUCGACGUUUCAAGUCCAGGCUGAAUUGGACUCGUUUUUUCUUUCUUCAUAGUUUUAACCUGAACUGGGAGGAUUGUGGAUGAAGAACGGAGGGUUAACGCAGGAGGGAUUGUGGGACAGAGCGGUGAGAUAUUAACGCUGUGAAACGCCUCGUAAUACGCCGCUGGUGCUUUUGGGAUUAGGUGAAUUUAAAUAGUUUCCUGCAAGAAUCUAAUGUAUUAAUGUGAUUCAGUUGAGAGGCCGACCCAGCUCUGCUGAGUGGGGGUUUUAUUUGAUUUUUCAGUGGAAACUCGCACUCGGACGGAGCUUUAUCACACGUAACAGUCGAGGGGAAACCAACACAAACGUCCAUAUCAUAUCCGAUCGACUCAAAUGUCUUAAUGCCUUGUGUUGACGUUUUUAAGUUAAAUCUGUUUUGGAAUUUUUACCAUUUUUUUUCUUUUUCUUUUCAACAUCAUGUUUCUCAGUCGUGCCCGUUUCUCUAAAAGUUUUUAUCCUGAAAGUUGAGAUUUUUUUAAACAAUACUGAUCUUUUUAUUAUUUUUAUGUGAAACAUGUGACACUUUAGAUAACUUGUGUUUCUCCUGUCUUUUUUGAACUGCUGUUUUUCUUCUUUUUUUUUAUGCUUAUUUGUCUGUUAGGUGGAUUUGACUGUUGUGACCGGGGGAUUUUUUUUGGAGGGGAUGGAUCUGGUUUAACAGGGUAACUGUGAUCUAUGGUCUAUGGAACAGUUGAGAUGAUUUUACAAUAUGCAAAAAGCUCUAAUUAUAUUAGCAGAUUGUACAGCAAAUUAAAAUACGCUUAUUAAAUUAA